CGCCCCCGCAAAUCACAAGCAGCAGAGCAGAGUGUGAGCGACGGAAAGCGGCGGAGUAAAGCCAGGCUGGAACUGCCCUGGGAAGUCGGGAGUCUGCCAGAGUCAACGCAGAACAACGCCGUGUCAUCGCCAGCUACGGGGACAGACGACUGAAGCCACAGAAUGGCGAUCGAUAUCUACGACUCUCAGUACCUUCUCAUCCUGGCCCCCUCCCUGGUCAUCGCCCUCAUGUUCCUCUUCUUCUGGCUCUUCAUGAAGGAAACCUCUUACGACGAGGUGCUGGCUCGCCAGAAACGAGACCUCAAGCUGCCGCCCACCAAGCCAGACUCUCGCAAGAAGAACGAAAAGAAGAAAAGCAAGAAGAAGGAAGCCGCCGGCGGGGGAAGUGGCGGGGGCGGAGGAGAAUCGGAAGACGACCCGCGAGAUUUUGACAUGUCGGACGGUCUGGUCUCUAACGUGGAGGCAGAGGAGGAACCUGAACCCGUGGUCACGGCAGAUCCAUCUCCACCUGCGCCUGCUGCUGAAGUUUCGGCCUCUCCAGAGGCUCCUUCUGGUUUAAGGGAGAGGAAGAAGAAGGAGAAGAAAGCUGCCAGGGCGGCCGCCGCCGCUGCAGCAGCAGCAGCUUCAGCAGCAGUUUCGGCUUCAGCAGCUUCAGCUUCAGCAGCCUCCCUCUUGGAGGAGUCAGAGAUAAACGACACAAAGCCAGUCGGCCACAAGACGGAGCCGUCUCCAGCCGCAAGCAAAAUAAUAAGCCCACCUUCUUCACAAGUGGAGACGCAGAUUCUGGUCCAAGCUGCUCCGGCUCCUGUCCAAACUCACACUCCACCUCAAGCCUCCGGGAAGAAAAGAGAGAGGAAGAAGCAGAAAGUGGAGUCAGCAGACGUCCAGCAGCUCGAGGUGAAAGCAGAGCAGGCUCCAGUUCAAAGCAAAAGGGAAGCGCCUUCUGUGGCUGAAACCAAAGUUGUGGACGGCGUCACCCCGAGCGCCGUCGCUGGCAAGAAGAAAAACUCUGCCAAAAAGCAGAAGACGGAGCAUGUAGAGGAAAGCCACAUUUUGGCAGAUAUAGCGACUUCCGCCAACCACCAAGAAACCCACAAUGAUGACGUGCCUCCUAAAACAUCUGGCAAGAAACAGAAGAACGAGUAUGAUAAAGGGAACACAGAAGUGAAACUGAAGGAGCUGCUCUCUGGCCUGUCCAGCCUGGCUUUGUCAGAAGCCGAAGCGCUCAGUGUGAUAGCUCUCCUCCGAGAAAAGAGCCCCAAUGCCCUGGAUUCUUGGCACAAAUCCACAGCUCGGCCUGACCCGGCUGCCCAAGAGCGAGAGAAGCUUCUCGUAACCCUGCAGGAGGAAUCCUCCAUUGCCAAAGACAAAGUGAAGCAGCUCAGUCAGGAGCUUCAGCUGGAGAAGCAGAAAACCGGCAGAGUGGAGGCCGUGAUGAGGGAGCAGCGAGCGGCCAUGGAGAAAGAGCUGGGAGGCAUGCAGGCCAAAGCGCAGGGCAGCUACCAGGAGGUGCAGACGAUGCAAAUCAAGUUUCAGCAGAUGAGGGAGCAGAUGGAAAGCCAGAUCACUCGGCUGCAGCAGGAGAACGGGAUCUUGAGGGACGCCGUCAGCUCUGCCACCACGCAGAUGGAGAGCAAGAAUUCGGCAGAGCUGAGCAAGCUGCGCUCCGAGUACGCCGGCCUGAUGAAAGAGCUGGCAGACAACAACAGCAAGCUGCAGCAGGAGGAGCACCAGAGGAAGUCACUGGAGGUCAACUACAAGCAGAACGUGUCCCAGCUGGAGGCCCAAUUACAGGACGCCAAGCGACGCUGGGAAGAGUUGCAAAACUUCCUCCACACCGUCAACGCUGAGAGAGAGAAACUUCAGGCCUCUAAGCAAGAGCUCCACAGCCAACUCCUAGCAGCCGAGACGGAGAUGAACAACAAAAACAAGGAACUCCAGACUCUACACAACAGUCUGACUGAAACCGUGGUCUCCAAAGAGCAGCUGGAGCGCCGAGUGAUGGAGCUGAUGGAGAUGUCCCAGCGCAGUGUGCCCGAUGAAGCUCUGCAGGCCCAGGUUCAGGAACUCAUGAAUGAGAACAAAGCUCUUCAAGUUCAGAGCGAGACACAAAAAGUCCAGAACGAGAACCUGCAGGCUCAGAUCUCUUCACAGGCCACCCAUGUGUCCCACAUGGAGGAGCUACAGAAGCUGCUGGCUGACAAGGAGCUGCAGCGGAAGAGUCUGGAAGAUUCCCUAAAUGCUGAGAGGAGCAGCGGAGCGAGCAGAGAAACGAACAUGCAGGCUUUGCACAAUGAGAACAUGUCGCUGAAGACCGAGAUCCAGAAUCUGCAGGCACAGAUUGCUGAUCAGAAAUCUUCCCAGCUGACCUUGGACCAGAUCCAGAAGAGUGUCCUAGAGAAGGAUGAGAACAUUAAGACAGUUGAGGGGCUGUUGGAGAAGGGGCUGAUUGAAGUGGCCAACAAAGAGGCGGAGCUGAAGACUCUAAGAGAAGAUAACGAGGCACUAAAACAAGAAAUUGAGGACCUUAAUCGAAAGAGAACAGAACAGGCGUCAUCAGAGUUGAAAGUGGAAGAACUGCAGCACGAGAUCCAAGAGAAAGACAUGAAGCUGAAAUCGAUGGAGGAGAGUUUACAAGCAGCACAAGUCAGCAGCUCCACCAAAGAGAAGACGGUUGAGACUCUGGAGCAGCAGUUGUCUGCCGUUCGGCUGGAGUUGGAGCAGCUAAGAAAGGAGCAAACGCAGAAAGAGACGGCCAGUUCUGGUGCCGAGCUUCAGGAACUCCAGGCUCAGUUAGCGGCAAAGGACCAGCAAAUUCAGAUGCUUCAGGCUGAGGUGGAGGCAAAGACCAGGGAUCUGAGUGAGAAGGUGGAGCAGAUUCAACAGCAGCAAUCCAGCUCCGCAGCACCAAGCCCUGAGCUUCUUGCAGCGUUGUCUGAGAAGGAGAGUCAGGUCAGCAGUCUGCAGGGUGAGCUGGCAGAGCUGAGGGACUCAUUGGAGCUUCACAGAAAAAAGAACAAUGAGCUUCGGGAGAAAAACUGGAGUGCAAUGGAGGCUCUGUCAGUCACCGAGUCCAUGCUUCAAGGAAAACUCAGCAAAGCCGUCAAGGAAAGCCAGGCAGUGCUAGCAGAAACUCAGGCUGAGUGUCGAGAUGUUCUGCACAGACUGCUGCCCCAUGUGCCUCUGCCCUCUGAACAGAACCAUCAGGAUUGGCUACAGAGAUUCGAGAGUGCAGUGGCUGAAAGCUUGGUUGCACAGUCUGGCCAAGCGUCACAGGAGUCGGAGGAGUUGGCCGAGAAACUGAAAGAAGCGGAGGAAAGCCAAAGGAUUCUACAGAAAGACUGCGAGACGUACAAGAAGGUUUUGGCGGAGACGGAGGGCAUCCUGCAGCGCCUGCAGAGCAGUGUUGAGGAUGAGGAGUCGCGCUGGAAAGUUAAGCUGGAACAGUCGCAAGAGGACGUUAGAGAGCUGAGAAGAGAAAAGCAGCACUUGGAGUCAGAGCUGGAGAGGGCGGAGCGUGAGAGCGCCACCUAUGUGAUAGAAGUGAGAGAGCUCAAAGAUCUGUUGACUGAAUUGCAGACCAGACUUGAUGGCUCAUAUACAGAGGCUUUCAGACAGAAUGAGGAGCUGGCUUUGCUGAAAACCCAGCUGACCGAGACACUGUCCAAGUUGGAGGCCGAGGAGAACGAGAGGCAACGAGUAGCUGGCGACCUGUACAAGGCCCAGCAGUCGCUUGACCUGAUCCAGGGUGAGCUCUCCAAACUAACAGAAAGCACCGACGACCUGAUCGAGAACAGCAGCCUGUCGUCACAGCGAGAGGAGAUAGACAAGAAGGAGAAAAUGACCGCAGGACUGAAACAAACGGUGAGAGAAAUGCAGCAGCUGCUCCACAUGGUCGGCCAGCAACUGGCAAAGGGACAACAGGGGGAGACUGACACAAAUCAACAGAAGGUAUAACAAGAGGACGACGGAGCGCCACGCAGACGCACUGACUGCAAAACAGAGACAACCCGCGAACUUCAGCCUCCUCACUACCGCACUGCAUCAUACAGUCACUCCCGCUCACCUUCUUCUCCCUCCCCAACGCUGUCCUCUUCACCUGUACUGUAGACGGCCUCCGGUUCAGACAGAGGGGCUUUGGUAGACCACUGCUGUCUACGCAGGAGCAGGCAGCGCUUCUGUUUUAUUCCUAACACUCCAGGCACGGUACCAAAACUCCCAAUACUCUACUCCAGCCACAUUCCUCCUCUUCUGCAGCUUCACUGAUUGAUUUUGUUAAUUUUCUUUUCUUUUUUUCUUUUUACUUUAAACUUUAAAAAUGACUCCGGCAUUAUUUAAACUGUGUGGCAACCAUUCCUCUGUUAUAAAUCCACCUGUAUAAUUUUCAGUGAGAUACUUUUGAAAACUACAGUAGUUUUUUUUUUUUUUUUUUUUUUAUGUCUGGAAGAGGGCAUAGAUAAAAUGUCCAAACUUAAAUAAAACAAACGUUGGGGGUUUUCUGUUCUUUUCCUUUUAACUUAAAGAUAUGUAUUGUUUAAAUGUACCACUUAGGACCUGCUGAAAUACUGUUCUGUUGUUUUUGCUCACUGACCAGAGAAACCACCGCGAUUGCUCCAUGCAUAACUUGGCUCAAUGCUUCCUCGCCAAAGAGGGGAGUCAGUAGAGCUCUCAGCAUGUGAGAUGGGUCACUACGUGACUAACCAUGGAGACAAAUUAUUGUCCAGCCUUUACUGCGGCUCCACAGAGAAGGGAGUCAGGAGGGGGGGGUGGGCAAGAUCAGGCUCACUUAAGAGGUUUUUAAUCCUACUGCAACCACUUUAGAAACGAGCGUCCCAUAUCGUGUGUAAUCAACACUUACUAUAUUGUUGCUGAGUCCAUUAACACUGAAGAUUUUGUUCUUUUUGUAAUGGGUGAUGUUAAUAAAAGGGAUGCUUAAUAAAUCU